GUUAGCAUAAAAUAAAAAAUUAAAUUGUUCAGUAGUCUGUAAUCUCCUCCAGUUUGUAGUCUAGGGUUAGGUUAAAGGUUUAAUCUUUGCUCCACCCAACGACAGAUUUCGUCAAUAAGCUGCUUGAGGAAUCGACAGCUUUGCAGCAGCAGAGUUCUCCAGGUGUUUGAAGUCAUUUUCCAGUUUAUCUGUUCCUGCUGGCAUUUUAAGAAAAAGCCAACUCUGUUCUUGGUCAAUUAGACUCUGUAUGAAAGAAGGCUAUUUUUUGCUUCUUAGAUUAAAGUUGCGGUAUGGUUCAUUAAUAUCCCCACUUAGGCACAUUAUAGAUGGAGGCUGUUUUACCUCUGGUUUGAGUGGGGAUAAGUUGAGGAACUGUCUAUAGCAUUGGGAAGAUAAAAAUGAUGCCUCAAUUGGUGUCAUACAGGCAACAAACAUGGAUGCUGAAGUGGUAGACAUAGGAUCAGAAAAAGGGGAUAAUCCUGUGGCAGUUAAAGCUGACCCCAAUAAGGCUGAUAAACGAAAUGUGACUGGAACCUCAACACCAUUUGAGAUAGUUAGCCAAUAUGAUGGUGGUGGAGCUAAACCACAAGUGGGCAUGGAAUUUGAGUCUGAAGAUGCAGCCAAGACUUUCUAUGAUACAUAUGCUAGAAAUGUUGGUUUUAGCACUGAUGUGGGGCAGUUCACCCGUACUAAACCUGAUGGGCCAAUUGUGACUUGGGAAUUUUCAUGUUCUAGGGAGGUUCUCCUGAGAAAGAAUGUUGAAACCUGCAAUGCCAUGCUUAGAAUAGAGAGGAAGGACUCAGAAAAGUGGAUUGUAACGAAAUUUGUUAAGGACCAUAACCAUUCUAUGGUCACUCCUAGUAAGGUCCACUACCUUUGUCCACGUAGGCAAGGACCAGAAGAAGGGGAUAAUCCUGUGGCAGUUAAUGCUGAGCCCAAGAAGGCUGAUAAUAGGAAUGUGACUGGAAAUUCAACACCACUUGAGAUGGUUAAACAUUUUGACAGUGGGGAAUCUAAACCACAAGUGGGUAUGGAAUUCGAGUCUGAAGAUGCAGCCAAGACUUUUUACAACGCAUAUGCAAGAAAUGUGGGUUUUAGCACCCAUGUUGGGCAGUUCACUCGUACUAAGCCUGAUGGGCCAAUUAUAACUUGGGAUUUUUCAUGUUCCAGGGAGGUUCUCAGGAGGAAAAAUGUUGAAAUCUGCAAUGCCAUGCUUAGAAUAGAGAGGAAGGACACAGAAAUGUGGAUUGUAACGAAAUUUGUUGAGGACCACAACCAUUCUAUGGUCACUCCUAGUAAGGUCCACUACCUUCGUCCUCGAAGGCAUUUUGCUGCAGCCACAAAGAAUGUUCCUGAAACUUUGGAUGCAACUGGUGAUGUGUAUGUUUCAAUGGAGGGAAACAAUGUUUCCUAUGAACCAAAUCGUGUUAGGAGUGUGUCCCCUGUUAAACCUAAUCACCCUGUUAGGAAUAUUGGGCCUGCAAAUUAUGUCAGAGCUCCUGGCCAAAAGAGAACCCUUGGCAGAGGUGCUCAAAAUCUUCUAAGCUAUUUCAAGAAGAUGCAAGCUGAAAACCCUGGCUUCUUUUAUGCAAUACAGCUUGAUGAAGAUAAUCGGAUGACUAAUGUUUUCUGGGCUGGUGCAAGAUCAAGGAUGGCUUACAAUUACUUUGGAGAUGCAGUUAUUUUUGACACCAUGUAUAGACCAAACCAGUAUCAGGUUCCAUUUGCUCCAUUCACUGGUGUAAAUCAUCAUGGUCAGAUGGUGUUGUUUGGUUGUGCUUUACUACUAGAUGAGUCAGAGUCUUCCUUUACAUGGUUGUUUAGUACAUGGCUAUCUGCAAUGAAUGAUAGGCCUCCUGUUUCAUUUACCACAGAUCAAGAUAGAGCCAUUCAAGCAGCAGUAGCACAGGUGUUUCCAGAAACUCGCCACUGCAUUUGCAAGUGGCACAUCCUGAGAGAAGGCCAAGAAAGGUUGGCACAUAUAUACCUUGCUCAUCCUUCAUUUUAUGGUGAGCUGUAUACCUGCAUAAACUUUUCAGAGACAAUUGAAGAUUUUGAAUCAUCAUGGUGCUCUCUCCUUGAUAAGUAUGAUCUCCAAAAGAAUGAGUGGCUUCAGGCAGUGUACAAUGCACGUAAACAGUGGGCUCCAGUUUAUUUUCGCGGUACUUUCUUUGCUGCACUUUCUUCAAAUCAAGGAAUUAGCUCCUUUUUUGAUGGGUAUGUGAAUCAACAAACUACCAUACCAUUGUUUUUCAAGCAAUAUGAAAGGGCUUUAGAACAUUCUCUAGAAAAGGAAAUAGAAGCCGAUUAUGAUACAACAUGCACCACACCCGUAUUGAAGACACCAUCACCAAUGGAACAACAGGCAGCAAACCUCUAUACCAAGAAAGUUUUUGCAAAGUUUCAGGAGGAACUAGUUGAAACUUUUGUGUAUACUGCAAACAAGAUUGAGGAUGAUGGGUUAGUCAGUAAGUACAGGGUUGCAAAAUAUGAGCAUGACCACAAGGCAUACAUAGUCAUGUUGAAUGUUUCGGAGAUGAAGGCCAGUUGUAGCUGCCAAAUGUUUGAAUAUUCAGGCAUUCUUUGUAGACACAUAUUGACUGUCUUCACCGUGACAAAUGUCCUUACCCUCCCACCCCACUAUCUAUUGAAGCGGUGGACAAGGAAUGCCAAAUCUUGGGUUGGAUUAGAUGAGGAAAAAACAGGCACUCACGGUAUUGAGACUCUAACCAUGCGCUUCAAUAGCUUAUGCCAGGAAGCCAUUAAAUAUGCUGAAGAAGGGGCAAUUGCUGAUGAAACAUAUACUGCUGCCAUCAGUGCUCUUAGAGAGGCUGGGAAAAAGAUUGCUGCUUUGAAGAAGAAUGUAGCUAAAGUCACGCCAAGCCCUCAGGGUAGUGGACAUGGCCACAAAGAUGGUAACAAGAAAACACCUCCACCAAUCUCUGAAAUGGUUCCAUCCUUGUGGCCAUGGCAAGAUUCAGUGCCACACCGCUUUAAUCUUAAUGAUGUUGGUGUUCCUGUUUCUGAUCUGAAUCAACAUAACAUGGGUCCUGUGUCUAUUCAACGUGAUGAUGAUCAUCCUGAUAGCACUGUGGUUCUUACUUAUUUUAAGUCCAUGACUUGGGUCAUAGAAAAUAAUAGUGCAACUCCAUCUGGUAAAGUAGCUGUUAUAAACUUGAAGCUUCAAGACUAUGGCAAGAAUCCUUCAGGAGAGACAGAGGUUCAAUUUAGGGUAACCAAGGUCACACUAGAGCCUAUGCUAAGAUCAAUGGCCCACAUUAGUCAGCAGCUCUCAACACCCACCAACAGAGUCGCUGUCAUAAAUCUGAAGCUUCAAGAUACAACGACAACUUCUGGAGAAACACAAGUGAAAUUUCAAGUAUCAAGAGAUACAUUGGGUUCUAUGUUGAGAUCAAUGACCUACAUCCGCGAGCAACUUUGAUAGUUGUAAGCAAUGUCGUCCUUUGUGAAAUAAUUGUUUAGUGUCACCAUAAUUCUAUAAAUUGCCACACCCUAUAAUCUAUUUGUUCUCGUUUCUGAGUUAUUAAACGCCUAAUUCUGAUGGUGGUUCUUUAUUGCAAGAGGUAUGUUUAUGCCAGGGAUUACAUUAGCAGACUGUAGCCUCAGAACCAUACCAGAGCUAUCCAUAUGUGGAAACUUGCAACACAAUAGCCAUUGCAGGUUGGCAGCAAUCGGUCUAUUUCUUGUAUAAAAUGUUGAGUGUUGGAUUGAUAGAUUCUGGGUAGUUUGUAGUUAGGUAAAUAUCAUUCUUGUUUCUAACUUCUAGAUAAAUACAUGAGUGCUAUUUAUUGGGAGCUGAUUUGUAAAUGUAAGCUGUGAAAGCUCAGGUCCUCAUUCAAUGAGCAUUGUAAAUAUUCUGUAUUUUUCAGCCUCUUCAGCCUAACGCUUGACCUGGUUGCCUUCAUUUGAUUAAUUAAUACACCCACCACCUUCCU